AUGGACUUUCUGAGUGGCGGCGGUAGUGGUAAUGGCUUGAACCCCGGCUCACAGCGACUGACCGAGACACCCUACAUGCCCUCGCCAACACUAUACACACCAUCAUCGCCAAUGAUGCCAUUCUCCCCAAUGUCAUCGCAACAACAACAGAUGCGCGAACAACAGAUGAAGGAGAGAAAGGAGCGCGAGCAGAAAGAGAAGGAGCAACAACAGGCCAAUAUAGCAACGGUCAGAUUACAGAUGCAGCAACUACAACAACACAAAGAGUUGGUCAAGCCCACUGGCGAGGUGGUGGCCGUCGUGGACAUUGAGGUGACGACGGUCGAAGGUGUGGUCUCGCCCGCACCAGAUGCAGUACAGAUACAAAAGGAGUUACAGGAGGCCAAACGAAUGCUUGAAGAGGAGAAAGAGAAUACAUUAUGUUCAAUAUGCAUGGAUCGCAAGAAGGACACCUGUCUCGACUGUGGACACAUCUUUUGUCACGAGUGUAUCUCGUGGCUUGGUGGUCGACACCUCUGUCCCAUCUGUCGCAAAGAGUUCAAGACUACAAUCAAGCUGCAUCUGUGA